CCGUCCGGGUAAUCGGCACGUCAUGCCCAUCGGUGGCCCCGGGCCCGGCCCCGGCGCGAGCUCGACUCGGCCUGUGUGUGUAUGUGUGUGUGUGUAUGUGCGCGCCUGUGUCUGCAUGUGUGUAUGUGUGCGUGCAUGAUGUGUGUAUGUGUAUGUGUGUGUCUUGCGGCGCCUCCUCCAUGGGGAAGUCAUGGGGUGUAUAAUGGCGAUUCGAGAGGAUGUUUUGUUGCGCUCGCGGGAUUCCGGAGUGUCGCGCGUUAACGGUUGUUAGCUUUGCCAGUUGUCACCUGCAUCAACUGCCGAUUGCAAUUAUCCGCUAUCGAUGUUGACGUCUUUCGACGCUUAUCGUAAAAAAUUGAGUCAGGCAAUUUGUGUGUGCAGGUUGCUGCAAUGAAGUAUAUCAAAUGCUUGAAUGACAAUGGGCUGAAACACUUAAACGAUUAGCACUUAUAUAUAAAUAUCACUACUUCUUGUCAGCCAUAGAUAAUUAAGUAAGUAAUAUUGGACCGUGAUGUGAAUAACAUAAUUAAAAAUGGACGAGAGCCAAGAAAUGCUUGACCCAGACAUGGCAGCGAUCGAAGAGAAAAAGCGAGUAGGUGGCUCCAAGGUGUCGGCCAUCGCGAACAUCUUCCAGUCCAAGCCGCAAUUGGACAAUCUGAGUCAUAGAACGAACAAUAUUCUCUCGGAUGGAUUUAAAGAGCCAGCUGUUCCAUUGAAGGAAUCGCCGACGCAAGUAACAGUGGUCAGAACUGAGAGUCAUGUGGCACGUUUCAACAAUGCUCGAGCCCUCUUCGAGAAGCUUGGCGAGGAAAACAGAUCGAACAGACCGGUGGAGCGAGUUACAAAGCCAAAUAACCUGCACGGUCUCCGGUCUCGCUCCAGUUCCGCGAAUUCAGGUUCCGGAUGCACCUCGCCCGCGAGAUCGCCCCGUCCUCAUUCACCCUCUCCCCCAGGCAGCCGAGAACACCUAAGCACAUGGAGCGCGAGUGUACCGGCCCUGAACGCGUCGGAUCGGCACUUCGAGAACGGUCACUGCGCGCCGGAGCGACGUGGACCCGGCGUGGGCGUGAGUAAGGUCGUCGAACGGACGGGCAAGGAAAACGAUCGUCCAGAGCGUCCGGAGAAGCCGGAACGUCGGCCGAACUCUAAGGAACUCAUUGAGAAGCAGCGGAAUUGGACCAGUCAUUUCUCCAAGGCUCGACCGAACCGUUACAAUUCCGAUCCGAAUCGCUCGUUAGUCCAAACCUCCCUGAACUCCUCCCAGAAUGCCUCUCAGGGUCAACCAGUCACGCAACAGCAGUCGUCGUCGUUCGCCGAUACGUGCCAAAGCGGCUCGGUGAGCACGGCGGCUGGCGAUUCCGCUGCCAACCCGGCCGCCAGAUCGGCGAGUUUCUGCUCGGCACGCUCGCCCCCACCACCGCCUCCGCCUGUCAGGAACUCGUCCGCAGCCGCCAAUAGGAGAGAACGACCGGCGAGUAUCGCCGUGAGCUCGUCCGAGCUGCUGGAAAGCCCGGAGUACGCGACGGUGGAGAGAUUCGACGAAAUCUCGCCGACUAUUCCCGAAUACGCUGUUGUGCAGAAGAAGAAACCUCAGAGCAGUCCGAAAGAAGGCGGCAAGAGUGGUGGUGUUGACAAGACUCAAGAUUCUUCGAUGCCGGAGUACGCCGUCGUGCAGAAGAGUAAUUCGAAGGCGGCUUUGAAAUCGGCAGAAAAUUCGAAGGAAACUUCCAGAGCGCAAAAUUUCAAGUCCGCAGUAACGGAGGUAGUCACGGCGAACAAAAUCGUGAGAUCGACGGAAACUGGCAAGGACAUUUCUAAAUCUGCUGUGCAGAAUUUGACGAGCUCUGCGAUUCCGGAACCAACUUUAGGAAACAAGAUCGUACCUUCAAAACUAGUGGAGGACGCCAAGGAGGCUUCUAAACCUACCACGCAGAUUGUGAAAAGCUCACCGGUUGUGGAGGUGGUUCCCGUACGUAAGGAUACGGUUUCGAGGCCAACGACGGAAAAUUCGCAAGAGAACUUGAAAAAUUCUACAUCCACGGAAGAAGCGCCAAUGUUUAAAGCUAUAGUCUCUAGACUAGUAGAGUCUUCGAAGGAGGAGACCACGGAGGCUACGGAAGGGUCGAAAGAAGUCACGAAAAACUCGACGGUUCCAGAAUCCAAAGCAACUGUUGUCGCAAAUGACGAGUACAGCAACGAAAAAGCGUCGCCUGUACUGCUGCACUAUGAGAAUUCCAGUCCAACUCGAAGUGCUGCCCCAAAGGACAACAUCCUGACGAGGAGGGAGAGCGACCUGUUGGAGGCACCGGAAUAUUUCAACUGCCCUCCGAGCCCGAUUCACUCCCCGGCGAAGACUUCCGAGUGGAGGAACGAGUGGCUGGCGAAGAAUGAUGAGAUUCUGAAGAGAACCGUGGAUCUGAAGACUUCGUCGAAGGAGCCUCUGGAGACGGAAACCGCGAACAGGCCAGAUCCGAGGCCGGAUUGGGCGAGACCGAGCACAAAGAGAAAAGAGACUGUGGACGAUAAAAAGACCGAGCAGAUACGAUCGCCGGAAUCUGAACUCGGUCUGCCUUCCGCAGGCACCGACAGUGCCUCGUCUAGCAUGAGUUCACCCAGUUCACCGUCCAAGGAUAGUAAGGAGGAAAAAGCGGAAAAGGAAAUGUCGGAGAAACAUCAGACGGGUCGCAACAGUUAUGACUUGGAGGCAGAGGACCAAGAGAAACCGGCUACGUAUCAGAGCUGCGUCUCGGGUACGGAGAGCCCCACCGAGAAGGAUCAGUUCAAGUUCGGCGAGACGGACACCACCACGGUCAUUCGACGUUCCCACGUGCGCCUCGAUCUUCAGGCGGCGGGUCUGGGUCAACGGCCACCCUCCGUUAUCAGCUCCGACCAGGAGUAUCCGCCGCUAGAGCACAAGGAUAUCCCCGUACCCUCUCCGUACGCCAAGAAAAUACAGCAGAGCGAGGAGAUCGUCUCACAGAAUAAUACUGAGUGCAAAACCCAAGCGAAAUCGAACGUGGAGGCAAAGAAUCUCGGUGGGGCUACAACAGAACCAACUAUGAAAAUUAAUACCACAUCCGCGGAGGAUAUGUUGGAAGCGAAAGUGAAGCCCAGUGAUGGAGUGUGUCAGAAGACGGUCUCGAACGCGAGAAACGAUCAAAUCAAAAUCAGCGUGAAGGAGAAGAUCGCAAAGAACCGGGAAGAAGUCUCAGGCAAGCGAUCCAGCUUCGCCGAGGCGGACAGCAAGGACAGCGUCGAUAAGGCAAGUCUUCGCAAUCAGGAGAUGAACAGCUACGGGUUGAUUACCAAGGAGAGCAAGGACGAGGAGAAGUACGUGACGGAAGUGGCGAAGUCUGAGGUCAGCAGCAGGAAGGAGUGCAUCGCGGCAGUAAACAGCGUUCUAAGCAAGAAGUUUGAGAAGGAGGCGGAGCAGACGCCGCAGACGACAUGGGAACAGGAGAAGCAGAAGGCCGAGCUGGCGAAGCUCCGGCUAUCGGAAAACAAUCAGCAGAGUGCGCCCAGCACGCCCUCGCAGAGGCACUCCGGCAAGAGAUCCAACGAGCAAUCCGAGAGUAGCCAAUACGAGGAUAGUGACUCCAGUGAUACAAAGACCGUCACGAAUGUGGCGGAAUGCGUGGCGCGGGAGAUGCAGAACAACAAUUCCGCUGGAACCGCGGAGGCGGCCACGAAGAGCAGUGUCAAUCACAUCACUCCGGUAACGCCGGAUACCAUGACUCCGGACGAGGCUGAAAACUUGUUGAGCUCUCGCAUUCUAGAAAAGAAGAUUAGACAAGGCUCAGCGUUAUUAUCGGACGAGGAAGCGCAGGAGAUAGCGAGGCUGCUGUCUCCCACCGGUGCCAAUGACGCAAUAAUAGGUGAUGGGAUUUCUAAUGACAAGGAUAAGGAAGGACAGGACAGGGAUAGAGACGACCAGGACAACACGCCCGACUGGCUGUCCGAUGUCCUGUCUGCUCCUGAUUCCAGUCUUAUCAAUAGUGCCACUCAUGAUUAUAGUUUGUCUCAUAGAUCUCGCAGUGACCUGACGAUAGACUCGUUGACGGAAAGCCAAAUAGGAUCGGUCACGGGAAGUGAGAGCGGCCUGCUGGGAUCCGUCAGCAGCUUGAACGACACUCACGAAGCUAACGAUGACACCGAAACCGAGCAACAGGAUGACUAUAUUCCAACUCCAGGAAAAAUUGUACUUGUGGAGAAUGGCGUGCAUUAUUUCGAGGACGGUCAUUUUUGGAUGGAAGUGGCGGGGCUUCCGGAAUCCGAUGAAGAUGAUGAAGACUAUCCGUCCACUGUGCCCGUCAAGAAGACCUCUAAAGUGUCUUUCGAUACUGGUCCCAUGCGUGUUUACUCCACGCAUUCUGUCAAUGAGUACGACCGACGCAACGAAGACGUCGACCCUGUGGCAGCUAGUGCAGAGUACGAGCUAGAAAAACGCGUUGAAAAAAUGGAGGUAUUUCCUGUCGAGCUAAUGAAGGGCCCAGAAGGUUUGGGCCUGAGCAUAAUUGGGAUGGGCGUGGGCGCGGACGCGGGUUUAGAGAAGUUGGGAAUCUUCGUGAAAACCAUCACAGAGAAGGGUGCGGCCGCGCGUGAAGGUCGGAUCCAGGUGAACGACCAAAUCGUCGAGGUUGACGGCAAGAGUCUGGUCGGCGUGACGCAGGCUUACGCUGCCAGCGUGCUAAGGAACACCUCUGGACUUGUGCGAUUUGUCAUUGGUAGAGAGAGGGAUCCCAAGAACUCGGAAGUGGCGAUGCUUAUCAGGCAGAGUCUCCUGGCGGAUAAAGAGAGAGAAAUGGCAAACGCUGCAAAUAGGAAGCUCAACUUCUCCGAUGCUUCUCCCGAUGGCCAACGAGGAAGCGAGGAUAUCUCCAUUGGUAGCGGGAUAAGCGGCGGAAUCCCUGGAUCACCAGCGAUGUCUUCCUGCUCGGAGGGAGAACCGACUCACAGUCCUAUCGAAAACUACCUGUCACCCUCUAGUCGCAGCCGAUCUCCGAUACUCGGCUCGUCGCAACACAACACCACGCAGAGCGACGUGGACAGUUUAAGAUUGCUCUUGCAGGAGAGUCAGUAUAAACUCUCAUUAGCGGACGAGGAAGUGGAAAAGCUCAAGGCGAAGUUAGUAGAGUUGGAGAACAGUGGAGCGGGUAGCGAGGAGUAUGCUGCUAAACUGCGGGAAUCAGGAUUACGCCUUCACGAGUCGGAGAGAGCGCUGGGCGCCGCUCGCCAGGAUUUGUCGACCGCCAGGGAAAUGCUAUCACAAGCGACGGCACAGAACGCGGCUCUGCAGCAGAAGUACGCCAGAGCUAGGAGAGCUGCCAAAGAGCUGCGCGCAGAUAUUGCCGCCAGGGACGAAUUUUAUCAGCAAUUGCUACAGGAAAAGGACACAGAAUAUAACGCAUUGGUGAAAAGUCUCAAAGACAGAGUGAUUACGUUGGAGGUGGAACUGACGGAAACCCAAAGGCGAUUCGGUCAACCAGUACGGUUACCGUACGAUAACACCACUACUAGGAUAGUGACACCGCAGCUCUUCCGCAGGCAACUGCCACCGCCGCCUUCAUCGACCAGCUGCCAGCUCUCCGACACGGAGACUUCCGAUCUUAGUAGUCCAGAUGACGGCGAUAAAACUGCGACUGUGGAGAGAAAGCUGCCUCUGCCACUACCGGUGAAAGAGGAAUUGGAUCGUGCCGUACCGGCUCAUCGUCUGCUGGACAAUUCUGCUGGCAAGAGCAAAGCAGAGUUAGCCAGCAGAGGCGGCUUAGCCAAUCGUCAACUACCUAGGCGAUCUGGGGGCCUCAGCAACAGUAGUUCUGAUUACGGAUUGGACGAGUCGGGCGACAAUACGGAUGACGAUUCUUCUUCAAAAUUGACUUCACAAGAUAGCAGCAGGUCACCCAAUGAUCUAAUAUCCAAACAGUCCAACCUGAGUUCCUAUUCCAGCACUUCGUCUAUCAGUUCGCUUAAAGGAAAAUCGCAUAUGGAUCCUAUACAUCCCACAGCGAUCCGGCAGCACAGUACCAUUAGCUCGCAAGUUAGGGCAAUGACCGAGCAAAGUUGGCCCCAAUCGCAGAAAACUUUGACUGGACCUCCUGCAUCAUUGGCGGAACAGCUGAAGCAAGUUCUGGCUGAGCGAGAAAAGCGACUCGGCGGAAACGAUUCCUCAAGGGAGAGCUCCGGGGAUUUUAGUGAUCUCAACAAUCCUCACAAUAACGAUCCGACAAUGGUUACGCAUCAUCUCGUGGAGGAAAUACGACAGGCGGUUAACGAGGCUAAUCAAAGAGUGAAAAAGGUGUCGAUUCCUCCGUCGAAUUUAAUCGGCAGUGGAAGCGCUCCGUGGCAUCAUCCGGGAAGUUCUCCUUCAAGUUUAUCCUCCGGCGGUUCUGUGAGUCCUCCCGGCAUUGAUCCUAGUCCUUUAAAAGCCACAGAUUCGAGUACAGUUUGGUUGCCCGCUCACCUAAGCGACUUUGGUUUAGGUGACAAGAAAUCUCACUUCUGGCAGAAUGCACCAGUUGCAGAUUGGUCCAAGGAACAAGUGUGCCAAUGGCUAACGGGAAUCGGUUUAGAACAUUAUUCUCCCCAAUUUUUGGACAAUGGUAUUAAUGGAAAUAAUCUAUUACGCUUGGAAUCGAGAGAGCUGAAGGCCUUGGGAGUUUACGGCGAGGCUAAGGCUCAUCUCAAGCGCAAAUUGAAAGAGUUACGGGCACAGGCUGAUCGUGAGCGCAAGGAGCGCAAGGAACUCGAGCGAAUGCGACGGAAAGCAGAAAAGGCCGCGCGGAAAAAAUAGCUCGCGGGCAAAUUAGAUGAGUUCAAUAUCAUUUAAACACCCGGUAGGUUAAUAUAGAUUUUUUGAGCGUGAAGUGUGUAUUAGGGUAUCUCGAAAGAGGUAAGGGAAGAAUUAACGAUGGGAAUUUAUCGGAUUUUAUUGGGAAGUCGUCGGGAAUAUUUGUCAUAAAUAUUAGUUAUUCGAGAGGAAAUUGGAAAGAAAAUUUUCUGUGGAAGAUUAGAAAAAGGUUUGCCAAAGAAAUAAAUUGUGGAACAGGAAAUGACGCCGUCCAUUUCGUACAGGGUGUCACCUAGAAAACUAAAUUCCUUAUAAAA